AUGGCAUUUUCACCCAGGGGCGGCUUUCUUUUAGGCAAUCGCUCACCUGGCAAUUCUAUUUCUAAUUCUUCCCCUUCUUCCUUUUCUCAUCCUGCCCACAACCACAACCACAAUCACCACACACACGAGAAACACACCACACUGGCGACACCACAACAACCGCCACCGUCGCGCCACCACCAAACCCUGGAUUCUUUUUCCAGUCGCCCGCAGCAGUGCUUGGACAACCAAUCUCGGUAUCCCUCUGCACCACUCGCGAUCCGAAAGGAUGACGAUAGCAGGGCUGCCCUCGACAGUUUCACCAGCAACAUUACCGGCGACAGCAACGGCAACGACAAGGGGAAACAUCACAACAACGGGGCCCACAUUGGUGCCCACACAAACCACAACAACAUGGUUGCACAACACCGGCAGAGGCAGUUGGGUUUAGUUGACGGUCCCCAACGUCCCGAACCCACAGUGCUCAACAAGUUCGUCACCGCAACCGCAACACCCACCGUCUCUUCGACCCUGACUCCGUCAGCAACACUACUCAGCUCCAGCUCGAGUACAGUCACUAGCCUACACAGGCCUAUGACUCCCACGAGCCCAGUCCGCAUCCCCGCCUCAAAGAACCAGCGCGGCGAGAAGCGGUACCACGAUGCCCACAAACAGCACCACCAUGGUCGAGGCAGGAAAGCUCCUGCGCAGAAAUGCCCAGGCCACAACCCGAAUGCGAUAUCGCCCUCGGUGGCGGCUUUGCUCGCCAUCACCAAUAUCCCCCGUUCCAGGGCCACUAGGGUUCAGGCCCUCGCCGGUAGGGCUACGGGUCAGUCGCGUGAGGAGAGUAUGACUGUCGACGCCAUCAUUCAGCGCGUGCAGCGGAACGAGAAGGAGAUUAGCUUGACCCUCUCGAGGAGUCCCAUGGAUCUCCUACUCAGCUCCCCCGAUGACGGCAUGGAUGACAGUGACUGCCUGUCAUUUUCUGAUGACUUUGACGACAAUGCGUCGCUGGUAAGCAGCACGCCAAGCCGCGUCAACAUCUCAGCGCGCACCGUUUCAGAUGAUUCUGUUUCAUCCCUCGAUGACUCCUUUACCAGUGGAAGUGCUCUCUCUCCCGUCGUGUCUCCUGGAACACCUGGUACUCCAUUUACGAACUACACUCCUUCAACUUUCGGGAGCUCUUAUCGCCGCAAGAGCCCACGUGUGCCUCUGCGACGUCGACCAGAGCCUUUGUCUUCCCCUCUGGGAAGUGCUGCAUGCGACCCAUUGGCCUCUCCGUCGCCAACCAUCACAUCAGUCGACCAACUCGAUUUCCGCGUGUUUGACGAGGAACAACAGUCUGGCUCCGAGGAUGAUAAAAAGUCCGACUCCAGUUUCAGGCCGCUCAAGUCCGCCUUCAAGAGUAACCUGACUGCCUCGCUGAGGGCCCUGCGUAAUGCGGCCCGCUCCAUCUCUAACCUGGGUAUCGCUUCGAUACCGCCCGAGGACUUCCUCACGCGCUCCAUAUUGACCAUCGAUCCCCGCGUGCCUUUUACCGACGAGCGGAGGCCCCCUCCCUUGGAGGAAGAGCCCAGUGCGGCUCUUCGUCGCUAUCUUAACCCAACCACCACUGCUCGCAUGGAACUGCGGCCUGCAGAGUCGGACUCAUCUGCGACCCCGGCCCGGCCCAACUUUACAGCUUCUAUUCAGAUGCAAACGUACAAGGUUCGCCGCUCACGAUCUGGAUCUCACCAUGGCACCUCUCCGUCAUCCCCCCGAGGCAUCCCCAGUCCGAGCCCUCAAAAGUCCGUAGCCAGCGAAGUGGGGCCACAGUCCCCGGAGUCGGCCCCUGACGCGACUUCGCCUUUGGCGCUACCUGGUCGACAGCGCGAAAUGCGUGAGAAUUCCGACUUCAUCAGGAUCGCAGUCAUGGAGAUGGCUAUGCGGAAACGGGGCAAGCUCAGCGAUCAGCGACCAGGCCGAGCACGCUGGGCACUACCACCCCGAAAAACAAGCAACAAGGCAUACGAGAUCGGGCCGGACGGUGUCCCUACUCGUUGGGUACCUGUUUUUGCUACAUCCGGAUCGGAUAUUUGA